GUGGCAGCUCAUACUGGCGUUCUCGAGCCCGGGGUCGUAUCCGUGUCUAGUAUCUACAUCCUCAAGAAUUUUAUUUGUGGUCUUUCGGAACCCUCUCCUAAUAAUGACGUAUUUAUGCGAACUUUACCCUUUGACUCGGAACCAACCUUAACCCAACCCUCUCUCAGGGUUCGAUGUCCCAUAUGAGAUUGAUUUCAAAGAUGGCAGAGACUCGAACGCCAACACCUCGCAACAACUUCCCCGAGCACCGACGUCGACUGUCCCGCUUUCCACACACAGAUGUUGUGGAUCCCCCAUACCACUAUGUUCCUUGACUUUAACGUAGGCUCCGGUGUUACAUCCACAAUGCUUUCACGACACCUCUCUUUUGCGAAUGUCCCCUUCGACCAUGCCUUUGCUUCACGAUGACGCGGCAUAUGCCGAUUGGCAGAAACGUGCUCCGAAGCAAAACUGCCAUCCACCCACCAUGGACUCAUCUCCACAGUGUGGCGAUCAUCCGAUUAUAGAAAAUGAACCAACCCUUCGUUUCUUUGCUGAAUCGUUCAAUUUUCAACUUAGUUCUGACUUGAUUGGCGUUGAUCCUCUGGAGGGCGCGUGCCCUCGCGCCGACUCCCUCUCCGGGGCUAUAGGGUAUCUCAAAAAGCUUCGAAAUCACUGGAGCGCUGGGAAGUUGGAACUUCCCUCUAACUGGAUGCUUGAACAGCCAAUAAUAUCCCUCCUCAGGGAAGGCAAGCCUUUUUUAUCCCAAUUGAUGAUUGGCGUCACAUUGGCGCCCAUUCAGCACAUGCUGUCGUCGCUCACACCUGAAGAAGUCGAUUUGCGAUACGACUCGCCUACGGAUUUGCGACCCGACUUUUUGCUAUCUACUGCUCGCGUGUUCCUCCAACCUCACUGGACCGCGGACGAGAGAGAUCGCCAGCUGUUUGGUUACUUGAAUCGCGAUACGAGAUACGCAUCGAGCCAGCUCCAUUCAUUGCUUAUGCACAAUGGGGGUGACCCAUCAACUGGCGACAUGCUUAUGUAUGCAUUAUCUGGCUCUCCGGGCAGUUGGGUAUUGAGGAACCCUCGGUUGUGUUUCCCGGCGGAAUUCCAGCCUUCUCAGUCACCGGAUCGCAUUCGUUUCUGCGUUGUCAGACACCUUAUCACGCCACUGAUGGCCGAAUCAAAGCGGCUUGACCAAUAUCUCCCUGUUUCCUUUUCCAAUCCUGCUUUAAUUACAGGCGCAUUCGAUCCCGGGGACGAAUCAGUGUCAUCUGAAACUCUUGAGAACGUCUUCCAUGUAGUUCGCGGUAGUCUGGCGAGCUUGGUGUUGGCAUCGUUCUACCGGCGACGAAUCACAUCUCAUGGCAGUGGCUUCUGGUCGAAAGGAUCAAAGGAUCGUUUAUUGCCCGAGUUUCUGAUGGUAUUCAGCCUCAUCUGUCAGCCUCAUCAUCUUAGACUUUUAGCAUUCGUUCCAUUCUGGGACGAAGCUUCGGGGAAGUAUCUCGUUGCAUCUUCAGAGGUGGACACCUUCCGCUUUGGGGAGUAUCCGCCAGAAGAGGAUCAAACCGAAGAACUGAUGACUGGCCCGAACUCUCCUUAUCUUGAACGUGUCCGGUUGUUUCUUGCGCUGAAAGCCAUAUCAAAGCAUGCAUUCCGACUGUGUGAUAUCUUUGAUACCUCAAUGUCAUGGCCACCCCUUGAUGUCUGUGAAAUGGAACAGAAGUGGCGCCUUCUUUAUCUUCCAGAGGAUGAACGCACAGAGGCGCUGGAUGAUACCUCCCACUUCGAUAUCGAAGAAGCGGAGGCCUAUGCUCAGGAGGAAGCUGAAGAACUGGACGGGGAGGGCAUGUAUGGUCGCAGCAGUGAUUCUGAUUCGGACAAUACCUUCGUCUCUACAACGACUGAGACUGACCCUAGCCUCGCUCACCCACCCGUUGACACUACCCGCAUUGAAACCUGGUUAGGCGCAAUGUCGACCAAAGCGUCAGAGCUCUCGGAGGGACCUCAAUGAUCUUGGAUACUCGUCUCGGUCCAUUAUUUCAUGCUGUUGCUGUUCCUGCACUUUUCUCGAAUAUCUUAUCUUCAUUAUGUUCCA